CUCGCAUAAACUUCCGGUAGGGUGUGAGCUUGAAGCGAAGUAUCUACAAGGAAUCAGAAGCUUUACAUUUAGUUGGUUUCCAUAUAUCUUCGGUAAACGUGUUGUCGGAGAAAAAUGUCCAAGUCCUUGAAGAAGAUAGUGGAGGAGAGUCGGGACAAGAACAUCCCAGAGGUGGAGAUGUGCGACAGAGGCAUUUCCAACAUGAUGGACGUCCCGGGACUCUUCACUCUAUCGAACAUCACUCAGCUGGUCCUCAGCCACAACAAGCUCACAGUGGUACCUCCUAAUAUAUCUGAGCUGAAGAACCUGGAGGUUCUAAACAUGUUCAACAACCAGAUUGAAGAGCUGCCUACUCAGAUAAGCAGCCUCCAGAAGCUGAAACACCUCAACCUCGGAAUGAAUCGUCUGAACGGCCUUCCGAGAGGAUUCGGUUCAUUGCCAGCUCUGGAAGUUUUGGACCUUACCUACAACAACCUGAACCACAACUCUCUGUCUGGAAAUUUCUUCUACCUGACCACUCUUCGCGCUCUUUAUCUGAGUGACAACGACUUCGAGCUCCUGCCUGCAGACAUCUCAAAGCUGACAAAGUUGCAAAUACUGAGUCUGAGGGAUAACGAUCUGAUCUCAUUGCCCAAGGAGAUAGGGGAUUUGGCUCAACUCAAGGAGCUUCACAUCCAGGGCAACAGGCUGACCGUCCUGCCACCUGAACUUGGUAAUUUGGAUCUGACUGGUCCUAAACAGGUGUUUAAAGCUGAGAAUAAUCCUUGGGUCACUCCCAUAGCGGACCAGUUCCAGUUGGGUGUCUCCCACGUUUUUGAGUAUGUUCGCUCUGAGACUUAUAAGUAUCUCUAUGGCAGACACAUGCAGGCCAACCCAGAACCCCCGAAGAAGAACAACGACAAGACGAAGAAGAUCAGCCGAAAACCACUCGCCGCCAAGAACAAAUAAGAGAAGACGGAGAUGAAUAUUGUCUCCUUUCAGUCAGACUCACUGCAUGUGCCUUCUUUCUUUUUGGUCGGAAAAAUGAAUGACAGCAAUAUGUGUCAAUGAUGUUUUUUUAAAGUGUUAUGUUAAACAUUGUUUGGACUGUAUUCCACUGCCCAGGUGGAACUCCUCAUGGAUGCGUUGUUUGUUUUUUAAGAGCUAUUUUUAUCUGCCUUUGUGCCGUUGCUUCUUACUUAUAUUGCUUGGACGUAUAGAUGAGUAUUGGUAACACAUAAAAACCAGUUUAGAGAUUUUUCAAAGACAGUUUAUACUUAUACUCCUUUUUGUUUCAAUUUUUGAUGCCAUCAGCAUCAAGAAGUACUGUUACGUAUGAUUCCAAAGACAGAAGUUGCAUAUGGGUGUGUCCAGCCUUCUCUGGAAACAACUCUGAUGUUAAAGAGGCAGCUGUGAGAGAGUAACGGUACGGCUCCACUGCUUCAGGCGAGGACGCUAGGGAUCGCGCCGGAGCACUCAACUCGCCACUUGAUGGGCGUGUACCCGUUUUAUGGCGGUUGGUAUAUUAUUUUAUUUUAUUUUAUUUUUUGCUGUAGGUUACGCAAUAGGGCACCACAGGAAUGAGUCACAAAUGCAGAAAAACUCUCUCACGAAAUGCACCGCAAAGAUCCCAUAAUACAUUGCGCGACCGCCUCUCCAAGUCUCUAUAGAAAAAGAAUAGAAAGUGUUGAGACGCUAUCCGUAGUCAGAACCAGUGGAGCCGUACUGUAAGUGUGUAAAUGAUCUGUUUCUGCAUCUCAAACACCAUCAACACUAACCCUGACUGUUCACUUUACGCAGCUGUCAGAUCCCCCCCCCCACCCCCCGCAGCUCAAACACAUCUACAUACAAUGUCCAAAGAAAGCCAUAGUUUGUUUUUAAAUACAUUUGCAGCCAAAUGUAGAUACAUUUUUCAAGUUUUAAGAGCAUUAUAAACGCACAUUUGUCUCUUAAAUGGAUGCGAUAACAGAUACCAGUCCCUAAUGGGUUCUAUUUCUCUCAAGUUAAUCACUCUACAAUCUCGUGUAUAAAGUCUUAAAGGUGAGAUAUUGUGGACACACCAUAGGUAGACAUAGGCACACUGUCUCUAGCAGGAGGGAUUUCAGUGGUUUAUUUAUGGGAUUGUGGGAUUGGACAGUGAUGUUCUGCUCUGAACAAGAAUCAGUACUUUGAGCAAAUAUUUCAGAUACGAUAACAAAAGUCUCUAAUGCCGAGGUCAGACUUCCUGUUACAAAGUUCAGCCUGAAACGGCAGACGUAGGGAUUCGGGACCUGAUCCAAAAAUCGAUAGUUUUACAGAGUGUCAUACUGAAUCAGCAAUCAAGACCACAUCAAAGGACACAUCCUGACAUCCUAAAAGAAUCUAGCACGUUUAAUUUAUCUGUCUGUUUUCCACGAUGUGUUCCGUCAGGACAAUAAUGUUGUCCAAGGAGAACACGGAGCGCACCUCACGCGCAGUGGUUACGAGCGUAAACAAACAAAAUGGCUAAGCGAAAGAAGAAUGAUAAAGUUGAUGCUAUGAGAUGGAACAAUGAGACACAGUAUUUCUUUAAUUUAGUAGUAUUUCCCACCGUGUAGGCCACUAACGGGUCAGACACGGUGAGCAUCUUACUAGACAAAAAGAUCGUGUAGUCUGACCUCGGCAUUAGAGCAAUGAAUCAGUUGCUUUUUCUGUUGCCAACACUUUCCAUUGAUUGUGUUCAUUCCACUUUCAUUUCUACUUGUAUGCUUUCGUUUGAACCUCACUGUACCUUAAAUGCUGCGUCGUCCUAAUAAGUUACUUUGCAAAGCUUUACCAAGUGUCCAUAACAUUUCAAAAAAAGUGAAUGAAUGUUGGCCUUUUUUAAAUGCAUUAUGUUUUUAUCACAGUAUCUCUGUAUUUAUCAUUAUUAUGAAAUAAAGCUCAAUAUACAACACGAUGUAAGGCAAGCUAA